AUGCGUGGGCACCUUUUGGCCACGAAAAGUAUGGAAGGCUUCAGUAGGGUCGCCUUUCGCAGGAAACAACGGAGUCUGGAUGUCGAAGAAGACGCAGAGAGGAACGACAACGACGCUGUGUGUUUCCAUUCCAAGCGUGCUGAUGAAAAUGCCUGUGUGCCUGUGAAAAUCGAGCCCUCCAGAGCUUUGGGCAGCAGUACAUCAUGCAGGCUCAAUAGCACGUCCAGUGUGCAGGCGUGUCUGAGUCGAGCCAGCGGUGGAGGCAGUGAGAAGAGUUGGGCCAGCGUCAAUGGAAGAAGUUCUGGCAAAAGGCUGCUUUCACAAUCCAAACCGCCAGUGCCUCCUAAACCAACACACCUUCAGAGCCCGGUGACUGAGCUCUCAUCCCCGCUGGCUCACAAGCAGAAACCACAAUUUAGACCAGGGAUGGAGGAGGUAGGAGGUGGAGGAAGGGGGGCCACAAACCGGGAGAGAGUGAGAAUCAAACACUCAAAAGUGUCAGACCUCAUCAGCCGAUUUGAGGAGAACAGCAACUCGGACAACAAGAGAGAGAGCUCGCCGCACAAACAAAGCAACAAGUCUGCAAACUGCAGCCCGGCGCACCGGAUCUCCCGCAAGCUGACGGAGGCUGCUGAGAUUGAGAACCACUCAACAGUAGAAGCGAACUCUGUGGCAUCCAAAUCACAGGAUGCACGCGUACCUACAGCAAACGGGGUGCUGAGGCAGAUGGAGCGGGGAAAGGGGGACGAGAAGCAGCCGUGCAAUGGUGAAAACGGAAGAAUAGGCAACAUAGAGCUAGUCAACGGAGACAUGGGACGCACGGACAGGAGGGAUGAAGACUCAAGUUCACGCACGGACAGGACCGGUUCGGAAAGCUCGCACGAGAAUGAGGAGAGUGGGACAAACGCGGAACUGGAACGUGUGAAAGAAGAUGCCAGCACAGAGCAGAAGGAGACAAAUGAGCAGAAACUGUUUAAGAUUGCCAGCGAGCUCUUGCACACGGAGCAGGCCUACGUUGCUCGACUCAACUUGCUGGAUCAGGAAUUUUGUGCCAAACUCAUGGAGGAGGCCAAUAAAGGAACGUUUCCCGUGGAUGUGGUGAAAAACAUCUUUUCCAAUAUCUCCUCCAUUCACACUUUCCACAGUCAGUUUUUGCUUCCUGACUUGGAGACGCGCAUGGGAGAAUGGGAGUCCACACCUCGCAUCGGAGACAUCCUCCAGAAGCUUACGCCCUUUCUCAAAAUGUACGCCGAGUACGUGAAGAAUUUUGACAAGGCCAUGGAGCUGCUGAAACAAUGGAGCGACCGAUCGCCGCAAUUCAAGUCCAUUAUCCAAGAGAUCCAGAGUCAAGAGGCUUGUGGUUGCCUUACACUUCAACAUCACAUGUUGGAACCCGUACAGAGAGUCCCUCGAUACGAGAUGCUCCUCAAGGACUACCUAAAGAAACUUCCUCAGGACGACCCUGACAGACGAGAUGCAGAAAAAUCCUUAGAAAUCAUCGCCACGGCUGCAACUCACUCCAACAGCGCCAUUCGGAAAUCGGAAAAUUUGAAGAAAUUGAUGGAGAUUUAUGAGAUACUCGGUGAGGAGGAGGACAUCGUUAAUGCCUCUAACGAGUUCAUCAAAGAAGGUCACAUCUUGAAGUUGGCAGCCAGAAACACCUCAGCCAUGGAGCGAUAUCUCUUCCUGUUCAACAACAUGCUAUUGUACUGCGUACCUAAAUUCAGCUUGGGAGGUCCCAAGUACACGGUUAGGACACGGAUCGCUAUCGAAGGGAUGAAAGUUCUGGAAACGAGCAACGAGGACUAUCCUCAUACCUUCCAAGUUUCAGGAAAAGAGAGAACUUUAGAGCUACAAGCCAGCUCCGAGGAGGACAAGGCGGGCUGGAUCAAGGCAUUCCGAGAGACCAUUGAGGUCGUCCAGCAGAAGAACGAGUCCUUCAAGAAUGCAUCCAAGGAUGUGGGGGAGGUGUCGAAUGCUGAGCUGGGGAAGCGUGCUCCUCGCUGGAUACGAGACAACGAAGUGACAAUGUGCAUGAAAUGUAAAGAAUCUUUUAACGCCCUGACACGACGGAGACAUCACUGCAGAGCUUGUGGUUAUGUGGUGUGCUGGAAAUGCUCCGAUAACAAGGUCGCGCUGGAGUACGACGGCAACAAGGUGAACAAAGUGUGCCGGGACUGUUUCUCCAUCCUGACAGGAGAAACCAUCGCAGAGGGCAAGAAGAAAGGCAUCCUGGAGAUUGAGGCGGCUCAAUUCAGCGGCAGCAGCAUCAUGUGUGGCUUCCUGCAGUAUUGUGAGAAGAACAAACCCUGGCAGAAGGUGUGGUGUGUCAUCCCGGAGAAGGAAUGUCUCGUGCUCUACCUCUACGGAGCUCCUCAGGACGUGAAGGCCCAGAGCACCAUCCCUCUUCUGGGCUACUCAGUGGACGACAGCAGUCGGCCCGCCGAGCCCCAGGCCAGCUUUCGCCUGUCGCAGUCCAAAUCCGUCCACAACUUUGCCGCUGAGAGCGAGGAGCUGAAGCAGCGCUGGCUUAAAGUCAUCCGCGUGGCUGUGACGGGCGAGGUGCCCGAGCGGCCUCACGCCGACACCGGAACCGUGGCAGACGCCGCCGCGCAGGAUGCGGCCUCGGACAGCUCGUGA